GCCCAUCAUCGUCCCCAACACAGACCAAGACCAGACCAGUACAACAGCAGAGAGUGAGAGAGAGAUGGCACCAACAGUGGUGGUGGAGUCGUCGCCGGCAGCUGCUCAGCCGAGACCGUUUCUGCCGACGCUGAACGAGGAGAAGACGCUGAGGGAGUCGUUCGUGCGAGACGAGGACGAGCGGCCGAAGGUGGCCUACAACGACUUCAGCAACGACGUCCCCGUCAUCUCCCUGGCCGGCCUCGACUCCGACGACUCCCGCCGUGCCGAGGUCCGCGACGCCAUCGUCCGGGCGUGCGAGGAGUGGGGAGUCUUCCAGGUCGUGGACCACGGCGUGGACGCCUCCCUCGUCUCCUCCAUGACGGAGAUGGCGACCGCCUUCUUCAAGCUGCCCCCCGAGGAGAAGCUCCGGUUCGACAUGUCCGGCGGGAAGCGCGGGGGGUUCAUCGUGAGCAGCCACCUGCAGGGGGAGACGGUGAAGGACUGGCGGGAGAUCGUGACGUUCUUCUCGUACCCGUUGGCGGGGAGGGACUACUCCCGGUGGCCGGACGUCCCCGAGGGGUGGCGGGCGGUGGCGGAGAGGUACAGCGAGGAGCUGAUGGCGCUGGCGUGUAAGCUGCUGGGGGUGCUGUCGGAGGCGAUGGGGCUGCCGUCGGAGGCCCUCAGGGAUGCGUGCCGGGACAUGGACCAGAAGAUGGUGGUGAACUACUACCCCCCGUGCCCGCAGCCGGACCUGACUCUGGGGCUGAAGCGGCACACCGAUCCCGGCACCAUCACCCUGCUGCUGCAGGACCUGGUCGGCGGCCUGCAGGCCACCAGGGACGGCGGCAAAACCUGGAUCACCGUCCAGCCCAUCGCCGGCGCCUUCGUCGUCAACCUCGGCGACCACGGCCAUUACCUUAGCAACGGAAGGUUCAUGAACGCGGAUCACCAGGCGGUCGUGAACGCAAACUGCAGCCGCCUAUCGAUCGCCACGUUCCAGAAUCCGUCGCCGGACGCAAUCGUGUACCCAUUGAAGAUCAGAGAGGGAGAGGCGUCGAUAAUGGAGGAGCCCAUCACCUUUGCAGAGAUGUACAAGAGGAAGAUGGCCAGAGACCUGGAGCUCGCCAGGCUCAAAAAGCUUGCCAAGGAGGACAAAAGCGAGCAGCAGGUCGAGGAGAUCGCCAAAGCCAAAUCGAUCAACGAAAUUCUGGCCUAAGCUGAAAGCAGUUGCUGCAAGUACUUCCUACUUAGUUCCAUAAAUUUGCAGCAACACGCGAUGCCACUGUAUGAAUUUAUUUUCCACAUGAUGUUGUUCAUCGAGGUUGUGUUGUUUUUUGCUCUGGCUGUUUUACGGGAGGUUAUGUGUGGCUGAGGGGCAGUAAUAUAAGAAAUCUUAAGCACCGAUAUGCAAUA